AUGGAGAUUAAAGAUAGAAAUAAAAGUUAUGAAAGAAAUAAUGUGGAUGUUGCAGUUAUUGGUGUAGGUUUUAGAGUUCCAAGUGGUAAUUUAACAAAAUCAAUUUCAAAUACAAAUGAAUUAUGGAAUGGUUUAUCGAGUGGAUUCAAUGGUAUCGUAGAAACAUCUGAAAGAUGGUCUGAUAACUAUGCUGCUACAGGUGAUAUCGUUUGUAAAUAUGCUGGUCUUAUUCCGCUUGAUGAAUGGAAAUCAUUUGACCCUAUUUUCUUUGGUAUCCAUCCAAGUGAUGACAACGUCAGUUCUAUCGAUCCUCAACAAAGAAUGCUUUUAAAAUGUACAUGGGAAGCAUUAGAAGAUAGUGGGAUAGAUCCAAUAACAUUAAGAGGUUCAAACACAAGUACUUUUAUGGGUUCUUCUACUAAUGAUUAUUCUACAAUCAACAGGUCUCCAUUAGAAACUCAGAGUAACAUAUUUGGCUCAUCAACUCAUUCGAUUGCCAAUAGAAUAUCAUAUUGUUUUGAUUUUCGUGGCGAAUCAUUUACCCUCGAUACUGCAUGUAGUUCAUCGUUAAUUGCAAUUAACCUUGGCUACAAGUCAAUUAAAGAUGGUGUUUCAGAUUUAUCUAUCGUAGGUGGUGUUAAUUUCAUUAUUGAUCCUCAUAUUUCAAAAUCAUUUACCCAGUUAGGUAUGUUAAGUCCAACUGGAAGGUGCCACUCUUUUUCAUCAGAUGCUGAUGGUUAUAUACGUUCAGAAAGUGUUGGAGUUGUAGUAUUGAAGAGUUUAGAACAGGCAAUCAAAGAUGGUAAUAACAUUUAUUGUGUUAUCAAAGGCUCAAGUUCAAAUGUAGAUGGUAACUAUGAUAAAUCAAACUUUUAUUCACCAUCAAAAUCAUCACAAUAUGAAAAUAUUAAAUCAGCAAUCGAAUCUACCAAUGGUCAAAUCAAUGCAUCAGAUGUUGAUUAUGUUGAAUGCCACGGUACUGGUACACCAACAGGAGAUCCAAUAGAACUAGAAGGUAUUUCGAAAGUAUUCAAAGAUACAAACAAACAAAUUUUAAUUGGUUCAAUUAAAUCAAAUAUUGGUCAUGGUGAAGCAUCAUCAGGUGUAAUUUCAUUAAUCAAAUGUUGUGUCAUGUUUAAAAACCAAUCAUUUGCCCAAAAUAUCAACUUUAAAUCACCAAAUCCUGAUAUCAAAUUUGAAGAAUGGCGUCUAAAAGUUGUAACUGAACCAACACCAUUCAAUAGUAAUAAAAACACUGUUAUGGCUAUAAAUAACUUUGGUAUUACUGGUCAAAACUCAAAAAUAAUAAAUAAAAAGUAUUUAAUACCAUUUUCAUCCAAUUCAUCAACUUCACUUGAUAGAUACAAACAAAUUAUUAUGGAUCAAUCAGACAUAUUAGAUUUUAAUCAAUUUGCAAAUAAUCAAAUCAAAUAUAAAUCAACAUCACUCGUUCAAAGAUCAGUUAUUAUUGCAAGUGAUUGGAAUGAAUUUAAUGAUAAACAAAACCAUCUAAUAUCAUCAAAAGCAAAUACACUUUCAAAUAUUACAAUUGAAAAUAAGAGCCCAUUUACAGUUAUUGUUAUUUGCGGCCAAGGAUCACAAUAUAAUCGAAUGGCAUUAGAACUCUACAAAAAUGAAAUAAUAUUCAAACAAUGGGUAGAUAAAUUCGAUAAUGAACUUUUCAAAUACUAUGGGUACUCUGUUCUAGAAAAGCUAAGAUCAUUCGAUGAUAAUGAUAUGAAAUCAGUACAUGCUCAUACAAUUGCACAACCAUCAAAUAUUAUGAUUCAAGUAUCAUUAUUCGAACUAUACAAACACUGGGGUAUCAAAGCAGAUUUAAUCGUUGGUCAUUCUCUUGGUGAAAUAUCGGCAUCAUAUUGCUCUGGUAUGAUUGACUUUGAAACAUUAUGUUAUUUAGUAUACAACAGAUCCAUUGCUCAAAAUAAAACAACUGGUACUGGUAGAAUGUUAUCUGUUAAUAUAAGUGCCGAAGAAUAUAUUUCAAAUUAUUCAUCAAAAUACCCAACAGUAAACAUUGCUUGCUAUAACUCACCAUCAUCAAUUGUAAUCGCUGGUAAAGAACAUUUAUUAGAUGAAAUUGUUGUUGAUUUAAAAUCAAAAGAUAUAUUUUGUGCAAUGCUUGGAACAUUAUCAUCACUCCAUACUUCCAGCCAAUUAGUUAUUAAAGAUGAAAUAUGUUCAAUGAAAAUUAAAUCAAAUCAAUCAACAACACCUGUUUUUUCAACAGUCACAACCAACCUAUUUAAUCACGAAACAACACCAUUCAAUUCAGAAUAUGUAUUUGAAAAUGUUUUACAACCAGUAAGAUUCACUCAAACCAUUUCAAACAUAUACAAAUACAUUGAAGAAAACAACUAUGGUAACGAAGUAACAUUUAUCGAAGUUGCACCACAUCCAACACUAUCAUUCUAUUUAAAUCAAAUGAAAUCAAAACAAUCACCAUAUUUCAAUAAUGGAGAUAAAAUAACUAUUCAUUCACCACUUCACAAAAAGAAAAAUGACUAUGAUGAGUUUUUAAAAACAAUUUCAACACUUUAUGUAAACCACUCAUUUAAUAUCAAUUUUAAAUCACAAAUAGAUAACAACAAUAGUAUUAUCGGCAACAUUUCAGUCAAUUGCUUACCACUAUAUCAAUGGGAUGAUAAAAUGUAUUUCAAAAAUAAUUCAACAUAUGAAAAGAUUAAAAAAGAAGGACCUCCAAUUCAACAUCUUGGUAAUACAAAUGAAUUACCAUUUAAAUCAUAUCAAACAUUUAUUAAUACUAAAAAACUACCAUUCCAAUGGUUAAAAGGACAUCAAGUAAAAGGCAAAUACUACUUCCCAGGAUGUGGAUAUGUUAUAAAUUUAUUUAACAUUUAUCCAAAUCAAGAUAUUACAAUCAAUAAUAUCGAAUUUAGAACACCAUUAAUCUUACAAGAUGGAGUCAAUCAAUGUUUACAAACAACAAUCAACACACUAUCAAAGAAUGAAUACAAUGUCAAAUCUCAUUUCAAAGAUACAACAACAAAUCAAUGGGUAUUAUGCUCCACUGGUAACUUUAGUCUAUUCAAACAUGGUAAUGAAAUUAACAAAAUAAAUAUUGAUAAAUUAAAAACCAAAUGUAAUUUCACCAAACUAUCCAAAUCUGAUCUUUAUGAAUCAAUUAAAAUCAAAACUGGAUUAACUUAUAAAGGACUAUUCCAAGCUGUCAAAGAGUGUUAUAUUGGAGAUAGUUGUUCACUUUCAAUUGUUUCAUUAAAUGAAAUUCAAAAUCAAAAUGAAUUUAAUCAUUUACUUGAAAACGAUUCAAUGAAAUCAUUCUUUAAUGCUGCAAUACUAGAUUCAUGCCUACAUGGUAUGCUAAGUUUCAUUAAACAUCAAUGUCAAAUUGUAUUAGAUAGAAUCGAAGGAUUGAGAUAUUUUUCAGCAAAUAUACCACCAAAUAAUCAACAAUCUGAAUUAUAUGUAUAUUCUGAAAUGAAAUCAAGAAUUGACUCAUAUUCAUACUCUGGAUCAAUUCAAAUAAUGCUUAGCGACGGUAAAUUAUUAGUUGAUAUUAAAAAUAUUGUUUGCACAUCACUUACACCAAUCAUCGACAACACACUAAUUAUUCCACCACCAUCAAAUGAAAUCUACACUCCAUAUCAACAAUCAAAAGACUCUGUAAUUAACAAACCAGAAUCAUUCAAACAUUUAUACCAAAUUGAUGAACUAAGUGUCAAAGAUGAAGAUAGUGAAUUAAUAUCAAAUGAACAUUUAUUAUCACUCUUUUAUACACAUAUCAAUCAAAGAUGUCCAGAUAUCAACAAUGAUAUAUUAUCAACAAUCGAUUACAACCAAUUUAAACAACUUUAUUACAGAGAAUCAAUAAAUGAAAACUUUUUUAUUUUUAUUUUCGAAAAUUUAAAAAAAUAUAACGAAUUAGAAAAUAUAAAACAAAUAAACCUAUUCGAUAUACAACCUAAUAAAAAUGAAAAACUUUUUGAAAGAACCACCAAAAUAAUGGCAAAACAAAUAUUCCCAUUAGAAAAUGAUGACCCAUACACUGACACAGCUCAAUCCCUUUUUGAUGGUGGGUUUUUAGAAGAAUAUUACCAAACAUCAAAAGUUGUUCAACCAUUAAACAAUCUAUUAAGUGAAAUAAUAUUAGAAACUAUCAAACCAAUUGUUAAUGAACCAAUUGUAUUCAGAAUAUUAGAAUUCGGAGGUGGUGUAGGCUCAUUGUCAAUUCUUGUCCUUGAAAAGAUUAAUAAACUAUUAGUCGACAAUCCAUCAUCAAACAUUGAUAUUGAGUUUACUUGGAGCGAUAUUUCUGCAUCAUUUUUUACUGACAUCAAAGAAAAGUUUUCAAAUAUUAAAGGAAUCAAUAUUAUUUAUCGUGUUCUCGAUUUAGAAAAAGAAUUCAUUGAUCAAGAAUUAAAACCAUCAUAUUAUGAUAUGGUUAUAAUGUCAAAUGUAUUACAUGUUGUAAAACAACUUAAAUUCAGUUUAAAUGAAAUUUAUAAUAUUUUAACACCAAACGGCCAAUUAAUUUAUAUUGAACCACCAUAUAAAUCAAUAAUAUUUGAUUCUGCACUCGGUGGAUUCUCUCAAUGGUGGCCAUCAACAGAAGAUAUAGAAAUUAGAAAAGAUAGAUGUUGUAUGGAACAAUCAAGUUGGUACAAACUAUUAGAUGAAUGUAAUUAUAAAGAUACAAUAAUGUCUGGUAAUGAUAACCAAGUAUUUUUAAUUCAAACAAGAAAACCAUCAAUAAAUGAAACAGUUUUAUCAAAUACAGAAUCAAUGGAACAAUUGACAUCAUUCAAUAACAUCAUAUUAUUUGGAAAUAGUGAUAAUUAUAAAAUCAACCAAUUAUUUAAAUCAAAUAAUCAAUUAAAAACCAAAAUACAUCAAAUGAACAGUUUCAAAGAGUUUAAACAUUGGCUUCAACAAUCAAUCGAUUCAAUUAAACAAUGUAAAACAUUAAUAAUGUUUAUGAAAACAAUUGAUACAUUAGAUGUAACCAACUUUAAAGAGAUAACAUUCGAAUACAUUCAAAUUAAUCAAAGCAUACUUCAACAUGAACUUUCAGAUUACUUUACACAUGUUAUAAUAUCAGUAAACUCAACAUCUGAUAACUACUUAUCAUCAUCAAUCGUUGGUGCUGCAAGAUAUUUUGUAGAAUUUCCACAAUUAAAUCUAUUCACAUUAAACUUUGAUAAUAUUUCACUUCAAAAUGAUAACAUACUAUCACUUAUCGAUAUAUUAAUAAAUCCAACAUCAAAUAUUCAAAGAGAAUUUACAAUUACAAAUAACACAGUUUAUUAUGAAAGAUAUAAAAAACAAAGCAAAUUUAAACAAACAUUUAAAUCUGAAUCAUUUGAAACAAACAAAGACAACUUAAUGGUUCAACUUGAUCCAAAUUUAGAAUAUGUAUUAAAAACUAAAAAACAACAAUUAAAACCAAAUGAAAUCGAAAUCGAAGUUAAAGGUACUGGUAUCAAUUAUAAAGACUAUUUAAUGUAUAUUGGUCAAAUAUCAAACAAUCUUGACCUCAAUUAUGGUAAAGAAGAAGAAUCUGAAAAUGGUGCAAACCAAAUUCCUAAUAUUGGUAAUGACUUUAGUGGUAUUAUAACUCGUUGUGGAAGCAAUGUAAAAAAAUUAAAAGUUGGUAAUGAAGUAUUUGGUAUAGCUUCGAAAACUAGUGGAUCACAUGUAGUUAUAGAUUACAGAUAUUCAUAUUAUAAACCAAAUAAUAUGAACUAUGUACAAGCAGCAUCUAUCCCAUCGAUUUAUGUUACAACAUUACACAGUAUAUUCUAUACUGGUAAUUUACAAUCAGAUCAAACAAUUUUAAUUCACUCAGCAACAGGUGGUGUCGGUCUAUCCUCAUUAGAACUUUUAAAGUAUAAACAACACAAAGGUUAUAUAUUUUUAACAGUUGGUUCAAAAGAUAAAGAACAAUACUUGAUCAAUAAAUAUGGCUCAUUUAUUACUGGUAUCUAUUCAUCAAGAAAUAAAAACUAUGUUGAACAAAUAAAAAAUAAAUUAUUAGAGCUGGAAUGUGACAAAGAUCAUCAAGGUGUAGAUUUAAUAUUAAAUACAUUAUCAUCAGAAUAUAUGGAUUCAAAUUUCCAAUGUUUAAAUAGCCAUGGAAGAAUUGUAGAUCUUUCAAUUACACAUUUAACACCAAAUGAUUAUAUGACAAACAAUCACUUUAAAUACAACUAUGGAUAUAAUAAUGUAGAGCUUGUAGAGUUUUCAGGAUCAUUAUUUAAAUAUUAUUUAAAAAAAAUAGUUAAAAUGUUCAAUUCAAACAAAUUAGAACCAAUUCCAAUCAUUAAGUAUUCAAAUAGUCAAUUCAAAAAUGCACUAGAAUAUAUCAAUCAAAGACAACAUAUAGGCAAAAUCGUAGUAAACCAUGAUACUGAUAUGUUAUUAAAGGUACUCAAUGAACAACAACAAAAUGAUUCGGUAAUAAUGAAGAGCAGUUAUGAUAUAUCAAGAUUAGAUAUUGGUAAAAACGUAUUAGUAACAGGUCAAACAGGUAUUAUAUUAGAAAUAAUGAAAUGGCUUGUUAAAUAUUCAAACAAAUCAAUCGAUAAUAUUAUAAUUCUAUCAAGAUCACCAUUAAAAUGGGAAUUAGAACUAUUAAUCAAUCAAACUAAACAUCAAAAAGAUAAUACAAUUAAAUUCCACUUUAAUCAAAUCGAUAUUGAAGAUAGCACCGAAAUUCAAAAUGUAAUAAACCAACUAGAGUCCAAUUCAAACAUUACAAAUAUCGAUACAGUAAUGCAUUUUGCAUUUGUAAACGAUAUUGGUGAUGUUCGAGAUAUCGAUAUGAAUCGUUUAAAUAUUGCACAUGGUGCAAAAACAAUUGGUGCAAUCAAUUUACAUAAUGAAUCAAUUCAACGUUCAUGGAAAAUAAAACAAUUUUUAAUGGCAUCAUCUGCUUCAUCAAUUGUUUCUAUAGAAAGACAAUGUUGUUAUGUUAGCGCUUGUAAUGUAACUGAUUCAUUAUCAAAAUACAGAAUGUCCAUUGGAUUACCAUCAUUAUCAGUUAAUUUAGGUGCAAUAUCAUCAACUGGUGUUGUUUCAAGAAAUGAUGCAAUCGAAACAAUGUUCCAUAGUUCAUUAUUUAAACUAAUUUCACCACAAUUAAUUUUAAGCUCUUUAGACUUAUUCAUUCAAAAUAAUAGCAAAUAUUCAAAUUAUUGUUUAUCAGAUUUCGAUUUUGAAAACUUACAAUCAAAUAAAUCAAACUAUCACCUUUCUAAACUUGAUUAUCAAACAAAUAUGAUUAGAAAAACAAAUAAAUCAAUCAAUUCAAUAAGUGGUGAUAAUGAUGAAAGCAUGAAACAAUCAAUUAUAAACAAGAUUUCAGAACUAUUAUCAAUAGAUGAAUCAAAAAUAAAUCUAGAUCUCCAAAUGACACAAUAUGGAUCUGAUAGUUUAAUGCAAGUUCAAUUAAAAAACUGGAUAGAUAAUCAAUUUGGACAUAAUUUAAUUACCAUUCAACAACUACAAAACAAUAAAAUUUCACAAACGAUAGAAAUUAUUACCAAACUCAAAAUGUCAAAUAAAACCAAACAAUUAUUAAAAUCAAUUGGUUCAUAUGAUGAAAAAUAA